ACUGCGCCCGGCAUGUCGCGGUCGCCUCCUGGGGUUCCCCGCCGGCUCGAUCGACGGCCUCCUUUUAAACCCCCCGGCCCGCGACGCUUCCGAUUCCGGUCGAUCGCCAGCCAAGCGGCUGCGGCACGAGCUUUUCACGGCAGCAGGGGUCCGCUCAGCUCAAUUCGUGGACCGGUUGGCGAGUGGUGAGAGGCGGCGGAGAGAUGGUGGUGACGGACGGAGGAGUGGAGGGGGAGCGCCCGGCGCCGGCGCCGGCGGGGCGGAAGGAGCGGGGCCGGAGCCACAGCGAGGCCGAGCGCAAGCGGCGGCAGCGGAUCAACGAGCACCUCGCCACGCUCCGCACCCUCGUCCCCUCCGCAUCCCGGAUGGACAAGGCGGCGUUGCUGGGCGAGGUGGUGCGGCACGUGCGGGAGCUGCGCGGGAAGGCGAGCGAAGCGGCGGAGGGCGUCGGCGCCGGCGUCAUCCCCGGGGAGAGCGACGAGGUGGGCGUCGAGGAGGAGGACGACGGCCGCUGGCGGCCCGGUGGCCGCCGCUGCGGCGCCGGCUGGGUGCUCGGGACGACGGGCGCCGCCGACGGCCGCCUGCCACCGCGGCGCGUCAGGGCGUGGGUUUGCUGCGCGGACCGCCCGGGGCUCAUGGCCGACCUGGGCCGCGCCGUGCGGUCCGUCGGGAACGCGCGCCCCGUCCGUGCCGAGAUCGCCACCGUCGGCGGGAGGACCCGCGGCGUCGUGGAGCUGGACGUCUGCUGCGACGACGACGGCGACGUGGCGGCCGCCGCCACGGACAAAAGCAGGGCGGUGGCGCUGUCCACGCUGCGGGCGGCGCUCCGCGCCGUGCUGCUCAACCGGGGGGACCACCUGGCCGCCGCCGAGGGGUACAAGCGGCCGCGCUUCUCCGCGCAGAUCGCCAAGGUGCAGUGAACACCGUGACGUCCUAGGCGGCGGCAAAACGUGGCCCCUGCUGUCUGCUGAGACACUCGAUCGUACGCCUGUCUGAUUCUACGUGCCAUUCAGCAGUUGUACUUGCUAAGUAUAGAACGGUCGUAUGCAGACUUGUCAGGUAUUGAGGUAUACUACUGUUUUGCGACAGUGGAAUUUAGGGCAGCGUGGUGGCGGUGGGUUGGAGACUUGGAGGGCUAGACAUGCCACACUGCAUGAACAGAAGCUCGUUCUUGAGA